UCAACGGAAACAUCUUGCCAAUAAGCAAAAUGCAUGCCCGGUGGUGUGUAAUAGACUAAUGUGCUCAAAGUACUUGCUGUUCUUUAUAGUCUACAGAACAUUGCAGCCCCAACAGUGAACAAGUGGCUAUACAUUCUAUGUCUAUUACUCGAUAUUAAGAAGAAAAUAACUAAUUCAUUAAUUAAGUGCUACUCAGUCAGAGAUACGGCUUAACGACUUGCUUCAUACUUACAUGAAAGAGGAAAGCCUUAUUAUGCCUUAUUCAUUUGACUUUGUAACAAAACGGACACAAUUAUUUUCCCGGUUAACGGUCGGGUAAGCAAACAUAAUUUAGGUCAUAGCCUAUUACACUGGCACACUUUGACAUAUAUAGCUGACUGUAUAGGCCUGUUGAGUGAAACUUUUCUUGUCAGCCACAGAGAUAUAGGCCUAUGUUAAGAGAAAAAAAACGUACAAAUGUUUGGAAGUAUCUCGGUGGGAGGGAUUCUUGCUGCAGGAAACCUAGGUGGCGUGCAGAGCUUAGAGGCGAAACUUUCCGUGAGCGCACAUAAAGAGACUGGAGCGUGUAAGCCUCAGACACCUGAUGCGCAUCGUCCAAACGCUUUAGAACAAGGGAACGGAUCUCCGCAAGAGAUAGUUGUUUUGGGGGGAUUUUAUCGAAACACCAUAAAACAGACGCUUUCUAAAUCUUGGAUAACUUCAACAGAAAUUCUUAACUAAAUUAACUGAAACUGUAAUUGCCUACUUUAUUAUUACUGGACUUUCAGAGAUGGCACUGUCUUUUCAACGCAGGUGUUUGCUUUUGCUGUGUUUGGCUGCUAUCCAGAGUGGUCAUGCUGCCGUUCAGACGUGCAUGGAUAAGCACCAGGUGGUUGGGGUGCUUCGUCAAAUGGAGAAGUUUCUGAAAGGCCAGGAGAUGCGGUUUACAGAGGGUCUCAGGAUCAUGAAGUCAAAGCUGGCGACGCUUCAGAACUCUGUCUCUAAGUUACCUCAAGCAGACCAGUCAGCUGCUCCCACCACCUGCCCUUCUCUGGAAGCUCCUGCUCAUGGAACCAAGUUUGGCUCAAAGUAUUUUGUAGGACACGAGGUCCAUUUCACUUGUUCCCAGGGCUACCAUCUUGUCGGUUCUGCCACACGUGUAUGCCGGGACAACGGCACCUGGACUGGCAUCAGUGCCAUCUGUAAAGAUGUAAGUGAGUGUGCAAGUAAUCCUUGCCAAAAUGGAGGUACCUGUGUGGAAGGUGUUAACCAGUACAAAUGCACCUGCCCCCAGAACUGGAGUGGCUCUCACUGCCAGCACCAAACCCAGACAGCCCCACCUGAGUGGAGUGUUAUGAAUGAUCCAGCCUUCAGCCGGAGACCUCGCUGUGCCCAAGUGAACCGAGCACAACACUGCAGCUGUGAUGCAGGCUUUCACAUGAGUGGCACCUCUGACAACAGUAUCUGUCAGGAUGUAAAUGAGUGUGAAGUCUACCGGCUGGACCAAGGAGGGAAGCUGUGCAUCCACGAGUGUGUGAAUGUCCCAGGCUCGUACCACUGCUCUUGCCCCAGCGGCUACAAGUUGCUCCCAGAUGGGCGGAGCUGUGAGGAUGUGGACGAAUGUUUAAGCCAGCAGCACAACUGUAGCCGAGGGACAACUUGUAUCAACACAGGGGGAGGCUUUCAGUGUGUCAACCCAGAGUGUCCCCGUUCUCAUGGCAACAUCAGCUACGUCAAGACAUCUUCCUUUCAGUGUGAGAGAAACCCCUGCCCCAUGGACAGCCGCUCCUGCCACCUGGCUCCAAAGACCGUGUCCUUCCACUACCUGUCUCUGCCCUCCAACCUGCAGACUCCUGCCACGCUUUUCCGUAUGGCAACCGCCACCGCCCCAGGGCGCACGGGGCCAGACAGCCUGCGCUUCGGGAUAGUGGGCGGAAACCCCCGAGGCAUCUUUGUCAUGCAACGUUCAGACAGACAGACUGGUGAGCUGAUCCUGGUCCAGCCGCUGCGCGGACCGCAGGAGAUCAGCAUUGAUGUGGACAUGUCUGAGUAUAGCGACCGCACAUUUCAGGCCAAGCAUGUGGCCAGCGUCCACAUUAUCAUUUCACCUUACAACUUCUGAGAGCAAGCUUGCAAAGGAGGAAGGUUAGAGACGGAGAGGUGAAGGAGGACCAAGGAAGAGUGUGUAAUGGGCACUGAGUUUACUGAUACUGUUUUUUUUUCAGCCCCUAUCAGAAAGUCAGUUGUCUGAGUAGCCAAACACAGAGCAGCAUUUGUUCAGUGGCCAAAUUACCAAAAGAGUGAGAGUGACAAGCCAAUAUUUAACAGUUACAUUAUGAAUAACAAUAUAUGGCAAAACACAUCAUAGAUGCUUCUUUAAGUAAUUCUUUAAGUUUAAGUCAGUUUGAGCUUUGACUGGUGAUGUUUGAAUGAGUGUGAUUGAAUGCAUGAAAACUAGCUAAGCAAAGUCAUAAUGGUUGGUUGGGAGAGAUUGGUAACUGUUUUUUGUCGUUGCUGUUGCUUGAUGUCUGUAUUUUAUGUCCAUUAUAGAUGAUGUCUGUGUAGCUCAGGGUCAGGCCCCGGGGCUGUUGCACUGCCUCGCUUUAUUGAUGAUCCCUAUAAGACAUUACGACAUUAGUGCUCCCAUGGCUCUAAUUUAUUGGAAAUAUUGUUGCUGGUUUUUACAUUGUAACAUAUUGUACGCCACAUGUUUAUCUUCCAUCAUAUACUGUAUAUUUGUUUUGUUUUUCUACCAGCUUGCCUUGUUUAAGGUACAAUUCAUUAUACUUUUUAGAAAAUGCAGUACUGUACCUGUGCAUAUCAGCUCUAUUACUCAUAUUCUGUAUGUAACGCAGAUCUAGUCUCAUUAUAUUCUAAAUCAAAGAUGAUUUAGCAAGCUUGCCAAUUCACUUCACAAUUUAUAUGGAAUUUUAAUUGUCUCCACAUAACUGAAAUAAAGUCAGUCCAACAUUUCA